UAUUCAAUUCAUACAACUUACCUGUCAAACUUCAAAACGGUAGUCAUUGUAAAAGCAGCGUCGAUAAGAAUGGAUUAGUGUACAGUUCACAGACUAUUGAACACGAUGUAUCAAUCAAUAGUAUAUAUAUCUUAAAAUGGUUUACAAAUUUAAAGUGGUAAUUAAAUGAACAAAUUGUUUAUUUGGGGAGUUAGUAGAAUUUGGAAUUUGGCAGAAAUCAGCUGAUUGACUUGGGAGUUUGGUUCAGUGAUUGCUUUACAGUUUGUUUCGCGUGACUGUUCACAAUGGCAUCAGCUAAAGUUGCCAAAGUGAAGAAACAGGUCCCAGGUGGUAAAAAAGGGGUUGAUUUACAAGAAGAGAGCUCAAGAAAAUUAUCGGAUUAUGAAAUCCUGUCAACAAUUGGUACGGGUACGUUUGGGCGGGUGGUGCUCGUUCGAAAUCGGGAAACGCGGAACUACUUUGCGCUCAAGGUUAUGGCGGUAACAGAGGUGAUUCGGCUCAAGCAGAUAGAACAUGUGAAGAACGAAAAAGAAAUCCUUUCAUCCAUAUCACAUCCAUUCAUCGUGAACAUGCUGUGGGCAAACCAUGACGAAGCAUUCCUCUACAUGUUAAUGGAGUAUGUCCCCGGUGGAGAAGUGUUCUCAUACCUGCGCAACUAUGGACGCUUUAGUAACUCAAUGGCCAACUUUUUCGCGAGUGAAAUUGUGUCUGCAUUGGAGUACUUACAUUCGAGAUCCAUAGUGUACAGAGAUUUAAAACCUGAAAACUUGUUAUUAGACCGUGAUGGCCAUUUGAAAAUCACAGACUUUGGAUUUGCAAAGAAGUUACUAGACAGAACAUGGACAUUGUGUGGCACCCCGGAAUAUUUGGCGCCUGAAAUUAUCCUGAGUAAGGGCUAUAACAAGGCUGUUGAUUGGUGGGCCCUGGGGAUUCUUCUGUAUGAGAUGAUUGUAGGGUUUCCACCAUUUUUUGACGAUCAACCAUUUGGCAUUUAUGAAAAAAUCUUGGCAGGGAAAAUUGACUGGCCUCGGCACAUAGACCCAGUGGCAAAGGAUCUCAUUAAGAAGUUGUUGGUGCCAGACCGGACAAAGCGGCUAGGAAAUAUGAAGAAUGGUGCGGAAGACAUAAAGAAGCAUAAAUGGUUCAAAUCGGUCGAUUGGGAAGAUGUCUUAAAUCGAAAACUCACGCCAGUUAUCAAGCCCAAAGUUCUACAUGAUGGAGACAUUUCCAACUAUGAAUCAGCUGUCUUACCUCCCAUAGUUCCAGAAGUUAUGUACGAUGGCGAUAUCUCAAACUAUAGCACCUGUGUAGCACCCCCCAUCAUACCAAAGGUGACCCAUGAAGGUGACACAAAGAAUUUCGACACAUACUCCGAGGAUGACUGGCAGAAAGCCCCGCCCGCUCCAGAAAAAGACAUGGAGCAUUUUCUAGACUUCUGAAUAUGAAAAGACAGCAGAAUGUUCAGCUCAGGAUAAGACAUCUCAUCACAGAUGUUUUGGAUAUUGAAGAUUUUCAAAGGGUCGAAUAGUGAUGCGCUGGUGUAUAGUCAUCUUGGAGAUAGACAGACACUUUAUAAUAAAUUAUCAUUUGUACACAAGUGAUAUUUUUGUUGCCAUGGCAACUGUGAUAUGUGCAUGUUAAUUUAUGAUCAAAUGUCCUUGACCUUGAUGUGUAUGAAGAGUACUUGAUUGUUUAGUUUAAACUCACUUAUUUUACAACAAUUGUGAAACAAGUAAUAACAACUUUAUAUAUAAUCACUCUCGCUGAAGUACUCGGGAGAAACCCAUUUGUUCGGCUUGGGUGACCACGCAACAAACUUACACAUGCAAGAGUGCAUGUUGGCAUCUUGGCCUUUCCAAUUAUAAAAGAUAGCAAAUUCCAGUUACACUUAUUGUUAGGGGUCAGUUUCAAUCAUAAUUACAAGGUCCUUUCAACAUACAAAUUGCUUUGUUUAAGUAUCUAGUCUGACUUUAGAUGCUAUUAAUUAAGAAGAUUUUUGUCCUUUUUAUAGGGUUUGAAAAUUACAUAUGAGGGUGGCAGGUGAAAUUGGAAAUUGUAUUUCACCUUCCCCCGAGCAUUGUAACAAUUUGUUUGCUUUAUUCAGACGUGCCUCUUACAUAAGUAUGUCAUCAUGAUGGAAAUAUUGUAUUUUGAUACAUUCACUUGUCAUGAUUGUUGAUAAACUUAUGGGACACUGAAUAGAAUAGUAUUUUAGUUUACAUUCUCUGAUCAAUUGCAAUUGUUUUGUAUUAACGUUUGAAAUAUAAGUAGGUUGAAUGUAGUAAUUUAGUCAUCCAAAGGUGACAGCACGACUGUAUUAUGUGACAUUGAAAUUAAUUUACCUCACAAUGUAAGAAUAAACAUAAGUCAUGCAUUUUAUUAUAAUUUCAUAAUAAUUCAAGGUUAUAUGAAGCAUUUAUAUUGUUUUGUGUCCGUCCAAGCCAAAGAUGUUUAUUUUUGCUCAAAGAUAAUUUUAACAUUGUUCUGUCUUUGAAGGUUUUCAUUUAUACAAAUCAAACCUUAUUUUUUUUAACACCUCAGUUAUAAGUGUUUUGAUGUUAUUUUAAGAUUGUGUUUCCUUAACUGUGAUUAGUGGAAAUAUUUAUACACCUCAUGCGCUUCCUUAGAUGAACACAUUUUGUUUCAGUUGCAUUCAUAUUCAGAUGAAUGCAAUAUCUUCGGAAUACCGUUGAUCGUAAUAAAAUGAUGGUUGAGAGGAUGAUGAAACAAGUGACGUUAUUGUUGAUGCGGUUGUUGAAUCAGCUGAAUCUUUAAAACGUUUGAUCAUCUUGGAAGCGUUAUUUUUUCAGCAUUGUAGAUGGGUUAUCCUACAGUAGUUUGGCAAUAUAAUGAGUGUAAAUAUUAACAUUGAAUAGUUUAUAAUUGUGGUCCAUCUGUGUAUGAAAACAAAAGUAAGUGCACUCAUAAUCAUGAAGUUCUAUGGACUUCACUAUUCAUGCACUGACCAAAUGUUUCAUACACAGAUGAACUGUUAUACUAAAACAUCCAAUCCUUAUCACAGCUAUGAGUGUUGCUUUUAUAGUAUUCAUAUUACAGUAUUUAAGGGUAGUUCAAAUGCUAAUUCAUUUUUGAGAUUAUUCAUUUUGUCACAGUCUCAGUAUUUACAUACAAAAGUGUAAACUGUAUCCAUAACUAAACUGUACCCAUAACUUAACAUUAAUAAACAUAUAUGAAACUCGGUUGACUGAAACCUUGGGUAUAACUAAAAUAAUGUUAAAGAUAUUUCAAUGAAACUUGGUACUGUAAACAUGUUACCUGACAAUUCUCACAUGGAGCUAGGUUCAUGACCUUGGCUUCAGUAAUUGUUGAGUCAUACCCCUACAAACUUGAGAAAUCAAUAGCGACGGGUAGCAAACGCCGGCCCUCUACUUGCCAGUUAUUUUACUUUCAAAAAAGGGGCAUUACGUCAGUUAUUUUAGCUAGAAAUGAAAUUUUCUUUUCAUGUGUGUAUUGUCUCUAGCAACAUGUAUACAAAGUCUCAUUUGAAUAUCUUGACAUUUUUUUAUUUUAAAGCCAUGGUGAAGUUGUUUGCAAAACUCAGCCGGACAACUCCGACAACAAGGCUAUCGCAAUACUUCAGCUAAAACUGAGGAUAGUUGUCGUCUGCUUGUAGAGUUCUUGCUUUCCCAAGUGUUGUCUCUGAUCUUCACUUGUGGUAGCCAUGGUGUUGUUGUUAGCACUGGUGUCGUUAUUAGCCCUGGCAUAACAUGCAAACCUUUGUCAGAUUAAAUAAACAUAUUCACAGGAGAGAGACAGAGACAAUGCGUACAUGUAGUAAGGCCUAUAAGUGGUAUUCCUAAAUUUUGACUUUUCUCCUUUUGAACUCAACAACAAGUGACAAGUUGUUCCUCUUUUUCACUCAACAACAAUAAACAAGCAUUCAGAUCCCAUUACGAUGUUGUUUUUGUUUCUGCUGUUGUUGCUGUUAAAUGUUUUCAUGAUAGAAAUAUGAAGCUUAUGAUGGUUUUUGUGUUUUAUAUACAAAACUAUCCCAAUGUGUGCCCACACAUUUUAUUGUGCAUAUCUAAUUGUUUCCAACAGAACUUGUUUAUUUUCAUAUGAAGUUGAGAUUGUCAUACAUAAUUCAUACUCUCUACCAUGAUAUGUUUGAUUUUAAACAAUAUAGCCAACAUCCCCGUCACGUUUCAUCAAUAUUAAGUGGAAAUCAGUUGUUUUCUACCAGGGUAUUUCAUUAUACAUUUUUUCUAAAAAAAAUUUAAUAAGGCCACACCUAAUUUAUAGUUUGUUUGGCAUUUCCAUAUCAACUUUUUACAUGUGAGAAAGUAGUUUGUUUUUUACUCCCUAAACCAUAAAUAAUUUAAAAACAUAAUGAAAAAAUAAUAAAAUAUGACCAUUUGAGAGGCUAAAAAUUUAAGAGUCCCUUGUAUUUUUGUUAGAAUCACCAUUUUUUGUGAGUGGGUAGGGAGACACCAGACAAAAUUUCUAUUUAUUGUGGCCAUAUAUGUUUUAUAUUAUACAUGAUUUGUCCCAAUGUCUCAUAGAAAUGUAAAUCCAUGCAAUUGUAAUUGAACAUGACUGAUAUUCCUCUGUAUUAAAUAUAUCUUGGUGUGAUUGUUUUACGUUCUAAUAUGGUUAGUUGGACUAUAUGAAAAAAUAAAUUAAUAACUGAUGUCUUUAUUUGAAUAUAUAGUUAAAUUGGUAUAUAAAAAAAUCAAAUGCAUAUUUUAAUUUUAAAGUUAGAUUCUCUAUUAUAAUGAAAUUCUGUUCAUAAAGAAGUUCUUGAAGACUGUUGCUUUGCAGAACAUCAUGAGUAAAUUUGUUAUUUCUUGCAGAUAAAUUCAUGCCAUUAUUACAUCUAAUUUUAGAUAUACUGAUUUAAAUAAUUAUUUUUGGUAUAUUUUUUCAAUUGACUAAAACACACCCCAUUCUUUGUUGUGUUCCCCUUAAAAUUGAAUUGUAGGACUCGUGUGUACGUUGUAGAUCCAGUAUUUUGUAAAGGUUAUGAAUGAAAUGAAUCAAUGAAACAUUUUAAGUUCAUAAUAUCAUGUAGUUAUGGAGUCUGUUUUGUAUUACCUUGUAUUUAUUUUUGUUGGAUUCUGACAAUAAAGAACAAAAACCUGU